AUGACUCGGGCCGACCAGAUCCGUACGAUUGGAUAUCAUCAGCAUAAAGGUAACAAUGAAAACCUCUCUGAUGACAUCUGCAGUGUACAUAUGUGUGUAGCACAUUGUGAUUAUCCGCUAGGGACUCUACUGCUUAAGUUAGCAUACGAUGCCUAUCCAUCUGAAAUAUUGAAGUGUGAACCAGGCAAGAUAUGCUGCACAAUUAGUGGUUCAAGUGUGAUCAUGAUCCUCCACAAAAAAAUUAAAGGUCUGGAGCAACGACCUUCCCACGGUGGAGCCGAUUGGACCAAUUGCUGGCGUCAAGACCAACAGCCUCCAACAAACCGUUGCAACUUCCCCUCCCAACCUGGAUGUCAAAGCGGGGUCAACGGGGAAGAUAUCAACAUCGUUAACAUCUACAUCCCUCCACAAUCCGUCUCUCCCUCCGGUUUCGCAGCUUCAAUAUCAACAUUUCUAGAUAUACCAAACGUGGCUGUGUUAGGUGAUAUGAAUGCACAUGUUCCGCUCUGGUACUCAGGCCUGGAAGAUUCACGAGGAGAAGCCCUGGCCUGGGAAAUCGAAAACUCAGAAUGUGGCACACUCAACACGGAUACCCCAACCCGUUGGGAACAGAAGCUAGAGGGAAACUCGCGGGGCGGGAAUGAAAAGCGAGGGAAAACCGCGGGGGGAUAUUUUUCGUGCGGGAAGUACCGCGGGACGGGAAAAAUUUUAGAGGGAAAACCGCAGUUGACUUGA